AUGCACCACGACCCCUCCGCGUCUCUCCCGCCAGCCCGCUCGCAUCCCGCGCGCCCUGCGCGGGUCUCCAAUCUCUCCUCCGCGCUCCGCGCCGCUGCCCCCGCCACCGCCGAUUCGGCAGCUUUCGGUGCGGGAAGCGAGCCUGCAGGCGCAGGCGCGGCGGAAGCAGGAGUAAACGCAGAGGUCGCGGAGGGAGGGACGGGCGGGGGCGGGGGGGCGGGUCACGCGAGUCAAGGCGGAGUGGGCGGGUUUUCGGCGGAGUCGCAGGAUUUCUGGGUGGUGAAGCACGGGUGGGGUGUGCCGACGGGCGUAGCGCGGGGAUUAGGGUUUACGGCGGCGCAGGCGGAGGCGGCGGCGGCGACCGGCAGGGAGGUGGUGGCGCCGAGGGGCGCGGGCGAGAUGGCAGCUCCAGCGGCGAUGGCGCUGCAUUCCGCGGGGACACACGGCGCGACGCACAGCGCGCACGCGCACGACGCGGCAGCGCCGGGGCUGACUAGCGGAGGCAGCGGCAGCGGGGGGGAGUGGAGCGUGCUGAAGGAGUUCGGGCGGUGGCGCAAGGACGACCCGACGACGGCCGUGGCGGUGGCGGCCGUGAAGGCGCUGACGGCCGUGAUCGAGCGCAGCGAGGCGACGACGGUGAUGGGCCUCGAGGUGGAGCUGCGCCGCGCGUGCGACGACCUCAAGCGCGAGAGCAGCGGGUGCAUAUCGCUCCGCGCGGCGUGCGACAUCUUCCUGUGCUUCGUGAGCCGCACGUCCGUGGAGGCGGACGACCUGCCCGCCGCCAGGGCGCGCCUCAUCGAGCGCGGGCAGCGCUUCAGCGGCAUCUCCCUCAACGCGCGGCGCACGAUAGCGAUGCUGGGGCAGGAGUUCAUCACGGACGGCUGCGUCAUCCUCACUCACGGCUUCUCCCAGGUGGUGCUGGCUCUGCUGUCCGAGGCAGCUGCUCGCGGCAAGUUCUUCUCCGUCAUCGCCACCGAGGGCCGCAUGGAUGCAGCGGGGCAGCGCAUGGCAGCACAGCUGCAGCGCGGCGGGGUGCCGGUGACAGUGGUGGUGGACGCGGCCAUGGGCGUGGCGGUGGAGCGGUGCGACAUGGUGCUGUGCGGUGCGGAGGGCGUGGUGGAGAGUGGUGGAGUGCUGUCGGCGGUGGGCGUGUUCCCCCUGGCCAUGGUGGCCAAGGCCAUGGGCAAGCCCUUCUAUGUGGCCGCUGAGAGCUACAAGUUCGCGCGCAUGUUUCCAUUGGAUCAGAACGACUGGGAGCAGGGCAUCAGCGCACCGCCCUCCCUCACUCGCCCGCCAACCUCCCUCCCUGCUGCUGCUGACUCAGCGCGAGCAGCAGGCGUGGUGGGGGCAGAAGCAGCGCCGGUGGGGCCGAAGAGGGAGUAUGCGCCGCCGCAUGUGCUGACACUGCUGUUCACGGACCUGGGCGUGCUCACCCCCGCUGCUGUCAGUGACGAGCUCAUCCAGCUCUACCUCUGA